GAGAGAGAGAGAGGGAGAGAGAGAGAGGUACAGGAUGGCACAGGAUGUUGAUGAUGUUGCCGCAGCACUGAUGCUGCUCUGGAGGGAGAGAGCUGACAGACACCUUAAACUCACAAGCGUGUGUCUGAUUCGCUCGUCUCGCUCUCUCACAGCAGGGUAGAUACCCUCUACGGCCGCUCUGCUGCUUGGAAGGAAGUUAUAAGCGUUGCUAUUUUCAGUGUGUGAACGAGCAGAGCUCAGACGGACAGAUAGCGGCAGCUCCUCCAGAUUCAUUGAUGUUUGGGGAAAACAAGGGAAUUACAAGGAUGUGAGCGGAGCUAGAUAUGACAGAAUGAAUAUGAUUCCCAGGUAAAUAGCAGCAGUGCUAGAGGAGCAUGUUUAUGGAAUAACUCAAGACUUUGUCUUUGAAUGCGGACACACGCUCGCAUGCAAAGGUCACAAUGGCAAGUUUCGGAAAACUUACGGAUUACUUUAACCGUCGGCGUUCCAGAGAUGAGCUCAUGGCUCGGAGAGAUGCUCGCCGCAGUGGCAGUUACUGCUGCACGGUUGCUGAGGCCAGGUCACUGGAGCGACGGCUACAGAGGCCUAUUCUGGCCAAAUCUAGAACAUUACCCAGCAUUCCUCAGUCUCCCGCCUCCAUCCGUGGUCAGCAGCCCGGGAACGUCUGCAUACAGCGACAGCGCUCGCAAUUUCUGUCCAGCCCCGGUCCUACUGAAGCGUGCACGUUGCCGUCUGCAGGUGAGAUGUGGAGUCUAGAGGAUGAAAACGAGGGGGGCGUCGCCACGGGAGCCGUUGAUCUCCGCCCGCGAUCUCAGUCACCGUUUUCACAUUUUCGCCGUCGGGCGGCCUAUCUAAGAAAGAGCAUGUCUGCGGAUGACCAUCUGGGUGAUUCUGAAUCUGAGCCCACCCAACCUGAGGGGCGAAACUUAGCGGACCCAAAAGUUAAACUGAAGAGGAAGUUCAGUCUGGGCUCUAUAGACAGGAAAGCGGCCCGUCAAAGAAGAGGCGAGUCUGGGAUCGUGAAGUUAACCCAGCGUCUCUCUUUGAAGGACAAACACUGUAAAGACGACAGGAGCCUGCAGUCCAGACCUCCGGCCUACAGGAGGCGUUCUCUCAGCGUGGACUGGGCCGAAUCCAAAAUGACUCAACAGAUUCCAGACCCUCAUCCUCUGAUUCCCCGCAAGUAUUCCAGCUCGUCAUGUUCGUCUCCUCCGAACGCGGCGCGACGUCUUUACAGAAACCUCUCUGGAAAGUUUCGCACUGCAAACCUGGCUCUGGAUGAUCCUGUGCUCCCGGGCCAGUCGGACAAAGACCAUCCACACAAAACCACCAUGUUUCAGGGUAAUGAAGCUCUGUUUGAAGCUGUGGAACAUCAGGAGCUGGGUGUGGUGGAGUCUCUCUUGAGCACCUUCAGUCUGGAAGAGCUGGACCUCAACACACCGAACAGUGAAGGUCUGCUGCCUCUUGAUAUCGCCAUCAUGACCAACAACGUCCCUAUGGCCAAACUUUUGCUGCGAGCCGGGGCCAAAGAGAGCCCCCACUUUUUAAGCCUUGAAGGCCGAGCAUCUCAUCUGGCCUCGCUGGUGCAAGAGGCGGAGCAUCGUAUCGCUGAGCUGGCCACUCAGGUAACAGGAGAGGAACCUGAGGAGAGGGAGGAGUCAAACAGAGAGCGACAGCUAAAGACAUGGGAAUGGAAGCUCCGCCUUUACAAACGCAUGCAGACGGGAUACACGCAUGCCAGUCCUCCUGAACCACCAAGCGAUGUCCAUCUGUCUGUCAGCAGUAGCACCAGCCUCAGAGUUUAUUUUCAAGAGCCGCUUUGUCACAACUCUGCUGUUAUAACCAAAUACCGCGUGGGUUGGAGCAGCGUUCCUUCUUUUAGCCCGUUGCUGGGUGAGACGGUCAUUGAAGAUGUGACUCAACUUCAGUAUGACAUCACUGAACUCACAGUGGGCACCUGUUAUUAUGUUCAGGUAUCAGCAUACAACAUGAAGGGAUGGAGUUUACCACAAAUAUCUCAACCAGCUUGUGCGACACCCUCAAGUUGGAGGGAGGUAGAUGGGCUCUUACCCCGUCAGCAGGGACUGAAAGAGGCAUUAGAGCAACUUCUCUGCCAAAUUAAAGGAGCACAUCGCCACUGCGCGUGCCACGAGCAGAGCAAAGCCGCGUCAAACAUCAGGAAACAUUCAGUGUCUAAGAGCCUGAGGCAUCUUUUCCAGCCCACCAGCAAAUUUGUCAAAAAUCUGAAAAGGGGUUUGUAUCUGGCCUGCAUUUUCUACAAAGAUGAAAAUGUUUUGGUAACACCAGAGGAUCAGUUGCCUGUGGUGGAGGUAGACGAUUCCUACAGCUGCCAUGUGCAGGACUUCCUCUGGUUCACAAAGGUGUCUCACCUGUGGGAGGAUCUCACGUGGAUGCAGCAGUGCAUCAGUCCUGCACACGCAUCCAGUUCAUGCACGCUUCAGACUCGACUCAAAAUGAUUCAGGCCGCUGCUCAGCUACAGGCGCUCCUCGGGACGGUGGAUCUGGGUCAGGUAUACUUUGAGCCGAUCAAAGACAAACACGGUAACGCUGUCCUGGUGCUGAUGAGAGACGUAGGAGCGAGCGUACCGCCUGAAGGAGUGCGAUGGAUUGCCGUCAGUAAAUUUCAGCUGCAGCGCCGAUCUUCCUCUUCUUCAGACGAGCCCACGGCUCUGGAGACGCUACUGACCACACUGCAUGAGAAACUCUCAUAUCACAGACGUAGUAGGAAGUGUCUGAGGCCGGGUUUGUAUCUGGGUUACCUGAAGCUCUACACCUCAGUGGAUCAGAUCAGAGUGCUCGUGUCACACAAACACCCCAACGUUCUGUGUCACGUCAAAAUACGAGACAACGGUCACGUCUCCAGGGAGGAGUGGGAGUGGCUUCAGUCGUUGAGUUCUCUGGAGGGCAGCGCGCAGAUGUGUGACGACCCCCAAAGCGCUCCACAUCGCCUCCUGAUGGAGCUCAGAACGGCUGCAAAAGAUUUGCUCAGCUCUAUCAACAUCCCUAACACUCAGGCACAAGAUUUCCGAGUGCAUGUGAAGGAGGUGGUUGAGUUGGGGGAGGGCGUGUCCUUCCUGUUGCUCCUCCCCCCAUGCGAGGAGGUGUGCUCACCUCCUGGACAAAACCAUCUAAGCUCGCUGCGGUCUGGGUUUUUUACUCUACCUCUGCAGAUCUUUGAGUUAGUUCAUUUCGAAGCAUACUGCCCUAGUUUUAUCGCUCUGUAUUGUCGUGUCUCGGCUUUGUUGGGUCUGGAGUCCCUGAUGUCCCAGCAGUCUUUGCGCGAGGCGUUCUCAGAGUCCGAGCUUCUUGCUGCUAAGCAGAAACAUCAGCAGGUCGAAGAGUAUUUGCAGCACAUGGAUGACUUGUGGCGUGAUGCCCGCUGGAUGGCGGUCCUACAGUCUGCACGAUAUAAGCAUCAGAACUCGGGUGCGAGUCUCGGCUGGAUUAUAGACUUCUCCAAAGAGCCUAUUCCAGAGAAAUCACCUUCCACCUCCUCCCAGGCUGGAUAUCUGCCAUCACCUGCUCCUUCACCAGAGACCAGCCGCAAACACAACGAUUCUCACGGUCUGUCUGAUGAGGACACGUCAGAGGUUUUCUUCGCUGCUGAGAGCGAGUUUAACUCCGGCGUUCCCCAAAGUACCAGAGAACUGGAUUUGCUUCCUUCUUCCCCAUCCAGCUUCCGCUCUUCGCCAUCCACGCACCCUUCCUCCUCCUCAUCACCACGCUCCUCUUUGAGCCAGCCGGACGUUUUGCGCAUCGGAGGAGGAAGCGUACCUGGAGUGAGCAAACGGGAACAUCCGGCAACGAACUCUUAUGACAGCGACUUUAUUCUUCCCAGCCGUCAGAUCGAGCUGCUCAGGGUCACCGAGAAAAGAACCGCGCUCUGCGUCCGCACCAGCAGCUUAGAAUAUCCUCCUCCCGUCUCCUCGCCAAACACGUCCCCCAGCUUCACUUCACACAAAAACUGGACGCGUCCCCUCAUCCUUUGAUCUCUGCUUGUCUGCUCACGAGCCUCGUCCCGCACCCGUGCGCACCCUAUCGGAGGACAGCGGAGUCCAGAGACUCUCUUCUCACUCGGCCGGGUCUGGGUCUCCUCUCAGACUUUGCCACACCACUCUGAGAGUUUAUCCACAAUAUCGCACCGGCUUACCCAAAGACACCAGUGUGAAAUUGCGUGUGACUACAGAGACCUCUGCGAAAGAGAUGGUUCGGUUAGUGGUCCAGGAGAUCAACACCGUCUGCCGUCACCUGCAGAAAGCCGCCCAUCAGUGCACCGAACCGUGCAGUUAUCCGGCCUGCGUGUCCGAGGUUUGUGUCUACGGACUGGAACAGCUGGAACACUUCGGUCUGGUUCUGCUGGUGGAUGGGAGGGAAAAAUGGCUUCAGGAUGACUUCUGUCCGCUCUCGCUUCAGAACCCGUGGACGCGCGGGAAACUCUGCGUGCGUUUUAAAGAGUACUCGCCGCUCGCGCUGCAAUUCAGCAGAGCUACACCUGUCUAAAGCACAAACAAAACAACACUGGAUUGUGCACCGACUACUGACGUUUUGCAGUUUUCCACAUAGUUCGUAUCGUUUCGAAUCACAUCUUAAAAGAUCUGUGAUUGGUUUACUGGAACGGACGCACGAUUUGAAUCUUUCAACUGCACUGGAUGUUAAUCUGCAUCUUAUAUCUUCAGCUGCUAUGACAGUGGCUUGUGCUCACUUUGGAGUGGUAAUUGAACACUAAUAAGUAUUAAAGGUCAAGAUGCGAUCAAAAUGACAAUGUUUACUUGCUUAAUGCACGAUCUGUGCAUGAAGAGCUUUUCGGCUGACAUCACCAAGCUGUCUGGUCAGCCCCUUCACCAUCCCGUCAGUUCUCCAUGGAUACGAUUUUACUGGUUGAACUGGGAGAAAUACGUCACAUUAUGGAAGUAAUAAGGUGACGCUGUUUCAUGUUGACAUGAUCAGCGUAAUGACAUCUCUGUCUUUCUUUUAUAAACACUUCACAGUUCAUUUAUUGUACCGGCGGGUGUACAUUCAGCAGUGUCUGAAGCUCUUCCAUUAGUAUUCAAAUGUGAAAUGUUUACAGACUGAUCGUGGUGGUUCGAUAUCACCAAACGUCUUCAUUUGUUUAUAUUCUUCACCCUCAGGAUGUUGUUGCUAUUAUCAUACGGUCACAUCCUGAGAGAGAUGCCGACUGAAAAUGUCGAUUUUAUUCGGAUACUCUCGCACUGACCAAACUGAAAUGAGACAGAUCAUACCCGACUCUCAAUAUACAACUUGGCAUACUUGUGUGCCACAACCAAAUUCACUGGAUCUGAGAAAUGCACUUAAUAAAAGAUACAAGAAAACAGAAGCUAUAUCCAAAUGCGAUGUGUUAUGAACGAUAAAGCUUAUGCAAGAUGAUCUGCUGGAUUGGACCGCUGUUGCAUAGCCUCACAGACGAUUUCUUCCUGUUUCUUUGUGUUUGUUUGGGUAGCGAGGUGAGAAGUGGUCGUUUCAUCUGGUUACCCUGCGGUGGAUUUAUUAUCGAUAUCGUGUUGACUGUCUGUAUUUGAUGCACACUGGUGUAAAGUUUUCUCGGUGCAAUAAUAUUUUACACUGUAGCUCGGAAGCGGAUCUCUCUUCCAAAUACACUCGGACAAACGUCACUCUCAUUCAUGGAAAUGUAACAAUACACACUGAAAAACUGAUACACAAGCAGUGUGUCUAAAUGUUGUGUACUUUCACAAGUGUGUGUGUGUGUGUGUGUGUGCAUGGUUGUAGCAUGAGGUCAGUCUUAUGGCUGUCCAUUUGAUGAAAGCAUAGUUUUGAGCAGCUGAGUGUGUGCGUGUGUGUAGUUGUUUACUAUGUGUAUCAUCAUGAUUUACAGCUUCAGUAGAUUCUGAUUCAGAUUCUUUUCUCUGCAGUUUAAUGCGUCUGAUCGUUCCAGAAAUGUUUUCUUGGUGCGAGACGAGCAAAUGCUGGAAUUGAUCACAAAAUUGCAGGUAUUCAACAGCAUCAGCAAUAUUAAACCACCCUCCAGUUUAGCUAUAUAAAACAGUAUUAGAUUAUUUCCCAAACUGAGAGAUUAUACAGACAAUUCACUUUCAGAAACUGAAUGUAUAUAUGUAUAUACAGCUGCAGAAUAAAUUAAGAGACCUCUCCAGUUUUGCUUUUAAUCAUCAUUUCUACAUGUAUUGUGCGCUUUUUAGUCCAGUGUCUGUCGAAAUUCAAAGCAAACCUCACGAGUGAUAGUAAAGUCACCCAACAGCAAUUUAAAAGACACAAUUAUUAGAGUUAUUCCAUCAAAUAUGUGACCAAAACCAGUUAUAAGGGUCAAAUUUUCUAUGACAAAAAUGUCUGGCCACACUUAUAUGUGAUCCUGGACCACAAAACCAUAAGGGUCAUUUUUUUAUUGAGAUCUAUGAAAUUGAACUGAAUAAAUAAGCUUUCCAUUGAUGUAGGGUUUUUAUGAUAGGACAAUAUUUGGCCGAGAUAAAACAUUUUGAAAAUCUGGAAUUUGGGGGUGCAAAAAAAUCUAAAUUUAAAGUUGUCCAAAUGAAGCAACACAUAUUACUAAUGAUAAAUACAUUUUUGGUUACACUUUAUUUUGAUAGUCCACUUUAGACAUUCUACUAACUAUAAAUAACUUUGCAACUACAUGUCAACUAACUUUCAAUAAUUUGCAACUAUACGUCAACUAACUGUCAUUAGAGUAUUAGUAGACUGUAAGGGUUAGGGAAGAGGUUUGGGUUAGUGGAAUAAGUUGACAUGCACCUGCAAAGAUACUUAUAGACAGUUGAAUGUCCAUUGAGAUAUCAUCGCAAUAAAGUGUUAGUAGAUAUUAAGCGGGCAGUUUACUAAUUCUCUAAAGAUUGUUAAGUAGUUGCAAAGUUACUUAUAAUUAGUCAAAUGUCUAAAGUGGACUAUCGAAAGAAAGUGUUACCACAUUUUUUACAUAUUUAUGGUAGUAAAUUUACAAAAUGUCUUCAUGGGAUAUGAGCUUUACUUAUUAUCCUAAUGAUUUUUAGCAUAAAAAUUAAUAAUUUUGACCCAUACGAUGUAUUGUUUGCUAUUGCUACAAAUAUACUCAUGCUACUUAUGACUGGUUUUGUGGUCCAGGGUCACAUUUUCAUUUUUAAACUGUUCCUAAAAUACAUUAAAUAGUCUUUGCAGUAUUUAAGAUCUGAAAGCAUUGCAACUUUUUUGUUUAGUUUUUUGCAAAUAAAUGCAAGUAAAAAUUGUAUUUUCAUUAGGAAUUUGGCAGAAAUGGUAUCGGUUGUUGAGAGAGUAAAACAAAAAUUAUUUAACUUAAACACCUAUAAAUAGUAAAUUUAGAAAAACUGAAAAUAAUCUUGAAGUGGUCUCUUAAUUUUAUCCGCGGCUCUGUAUAGAUCGCAGCUGAAUCUACAAUCUGUUUACUGCAAGUUUCAAGAAAAUGAUUUCAGCAAGAUGUCACCGCUUUACCAGAGAUGCAUUUCUGUGAAUGAAAUAAAAAAUAAGACCAACAUUUUUUUAAAUACAAACUGA